CAAUAGAGGUGAAGCUUGUGCUCUGGAUGGCUCAUGAUUCGCCGUCCAUUUCAGAUUGAUUUCCAUAGCCAAUCAACUCGGGUUCGUCCGGAUUUCACCCAAUUAAGGCAUUGAGAUGGAGCAAUUUCAAGUGACCACAGCAUCUGAUGGUCAGCAGCAGCCCUCACAAGUUAUCAUGCAGCCUUCACAAGUCCAAGGCUUGCAAACACAGGGACAGUUGGUACAGAUAAAUCAAGGCCAACUAAUGUCUGGCCAGCAGAUUAUCACCAUGCCCCAGGGACAGACUCUGCAACUAGCUGGACAGCAGGGAUUUCAGCAGACACAACCUUUACAGUUUCAAGUUGGACAGCACCAACAACAACAGCAGCAAAAUCAAUCACAGCAGAUUCAGGUUCUACAGGUUGGGCAACAGUUGACUAAUUCACAAGGACAACAGAUAAUCAUUCAACAACCCCAGGGUCAGGGUCAGCAGGCAGUGACUGGGCAGAUUAUCCAGAUUGGGGACAGUCAGGCCAUCAUCUACCAGCCUGCAGGGGGAGGGGACAAUGUGGCUCAGAUGUUACAAAUACAGCAACCUAACCAGCAAGCAGGUCAGGUUAUCCAGAUUCCUACCAGUCUAGCCACCCAGACAGCCCAGGCCUCCACUGCCAGUAGUAUGCCCACCACUAUCACUAUUCCUGGCACAGGGGGGCAGGGACAGGUUAUCAUGAUGGUCCCAACCAACACAACAUCCACAGCCUCUGGAGGUGGAGCUGCCAUGCAGAGGUUGCCCCUCCCUGGUCAGGAGGUUAUGGAGGAGGAGCCAUUGUACGUGAAUGCCAAGCAAUAUCACAGGAUACUCAAACGGCGGCAAGCCAGGGCUAAAUUGGAGGCAGAGGGAAAAAUACCAAAGGAGAGGAAAUCAACAGCUGAUAUUGAUGUCUAUCAGGACAUCUUCCUCUUCUUACGCCUGUGUUGA